GGUUGGGGUGUUGGGGCGAGAGUAUGGUGGAGUGAGGGACUGAGGGGGGCCCGGGGCAGUUCGCGCAAGUUCGCGAUAUGGAACGGCGCGUCGUGGAACGGUGAUCGUUAGGCGUCGCGGAUCGGGAACGACGACGCGCCAGCUCCUCGCCUCGCCGCUGCGGAUAUGGCGGACGUGGCCGCGCAUUAACGUCAACUCCCAGACACCUCGCCCGUGCCCGUGCACUUGGUCGUCGUCCGCGCCGUCCCGUCGUCCCCGUGUCGUGUCGUGGGAACGAACGGCGACGCGAGAACCGUAAACUGCCGAGGGCGCCGCAGAGCGGAAUCGUGCCAAGUCGUGCGGCUCGCCCGUUUCCAAGAGAUGCUCGCGCGCACAUGGUGACAUCGUCUUCCGGGUUGCUGCAAUGAAGUAUAUCAAAUGCAUAUGAUUGACAAUGGGCUGAAACACUUAAAUGAUUAGCACUUAUAUAUAAAUAUCACUACUUCUUGUCAGUUAUAGCUUGUGCCAGACAUGGCAGCGAUAGAAGAGAAAAAGCGAGUAGGUGGCUCCAAGGUGUCGGCCAUCGCAAAUAUCUUCCAAUCCAAGCCACAACUGGAUUUGAGUCACAGAACGAACAAUAUUCUUUCGGAUGGAUUUAAGGAACCAGCUGUUCCACUAAAGGAGUCUCCGACGCAAGUGACAGUGGUCAGAACUGAGAGUCAUGUGGCACGUUUCAACAAUGCGCGAGCCCUCUUCGAGAAACUUGGCGAGGAAAACAAAUCGAACAGACCGGUGGAGCGAGUCACAAAACCGAACAACCUGCAUGGCCUCCGGUCUCGCUCCAGUUCCGCGAACUCAGGUUCUGGAUGCACUUCGCCCGCGAGAUCACCCCGUCCUCACUCACCCUCUCCUCCGGGCAGCCGUGAACACCUGAGUACAUGGAGCGCCAGCGUACCGGCUUUGAACGCGGAGCGGCACUUUGAGAACGGCCACUGCGCACCGGAGCGCACCGGCCGUCCUGGCGUGAGCUUGGGUAAGGUCGAACGGACGGGUAAAGAGAAUGACCGUCCAGAGCGGCCGGAAAAGCCUGAACGCCGACCGAAUUCAAAGGAGCUCAUCGAGAAGCAACGGAAUUGGACUAGCCACUUCUCCAAGGCUAGACCGAACCGGUACAAUUCCGAUCCGAAUCGCUCGCUAGUUCAAACUUCUCUGAACUCCCAGAAUGCCCAGAGUCAGGCGCAGCAAUCGUCAUCGUCGUUCGUUGAUACGUGCCAGAGCGCGGCAGCUGGCGACUCUGCCAGUCCAGCUACCAGAUCAGCAAGCUUUUGCUCGGCACGCUCACCUCCACCACCACCUCCACCUGUCAGGAACUCGUCCGCGGCCAGUAGGAGGGAACGACCGGCGAGUAUCGCCGCCGCCAGCCCAUCCGAAUUACUGGAGAGCCCGGAGUAUGCAACGGUGGAGAAGUUCGACGAUAUCUCGCCGACGAUUCCAGAGUAUGCUGUUGUGCAGAAGAAGAAACCUCAGAGCAGUCCAAAAGAGAGUAAAAGUGACGGCGAUAAGACUCAGGACGCAUCGUUGCCAGAGUACGCUGUUGUGCAGAAAAAUACUUCAAAAGCGGCUUUGAAAAAGGAGAAUUCCAAAGAGACUUCCAAGACACAGACGUUGAAGAGCGCAGCUAGCACAGACGCAGUUACGGAAAGCAAAAUCGUGAGUUUGAGGUCGACGGAAGCCGCCAAAGACGUUUCUAAAUCUACUGUGCAGAAUUUGGCAAGCUCCACGACUGCAGAACCAAUUACAGUUAACAAAACUAUAAUUUCAAAAUCAGUGGAAGAUACUAAGGAGAUUUCUAAAACUUCUACGCAGACUGUGAAAAGCCCAUCAGUUGUUGAGGCAGUUCCAGUAUGCAAAGAUGCAGCUUUAAGGUCAACAGAAACCUCGAAAGAAACCUUGAAAAGUUCUACAUCUAUGGAAGAAGCACCAGCAUUCAAAGCUAUAAUUUCUAAACCAACAGAGUUUUCAAAGGAGGAAGCCAUGGAGGCUGUGGAAAGACCGAAAGAAGUCACAAAAAGCUCAACGGUUCCAGAAUUGAAAACUGCCAUCGCAAACGAGUACAGCGACCUUUCCGAGCAGACAAAAGCAUCGCCUGUACCGCACUGCGAGGAUUCUAGUCCAGUUCGAAGUGCCUCGAUGGACAAUAUUCUGACGAGGAGGGAAAGCGACCUGCUAGAAGCGCCGGAAUGCUUUAACUGCCCUCCGAGCCCGAUUCACUCACCAGCGAAGACUUCUGAAUGGAGGAACGAAUGGCUGGCAAAAAACGACGAAAUUCUGAAGAGGACUGUGGACUUGAGAGAUUUGAAGACUUCGUCGAGGGAGGCUCUGGAGGCAGAGUUACGUGGCGACGUGAUCAGACCGGAUCCAAGACCCGAUUGGGCCAGACCAAACGCGAACGCGAAAAGAAAAGAGACUGUGGACGAUAAGAAAACCGAGCUGAUACGAUCACCGGAAUCUGAGCUGGGUCUGCCCUCCGCAGGCACUGACAGUGCCUCAUCCAGCAUGAGUUCACCCAGCUCACCCUCCAAGGAUAGCAAGGAGGAAAAAGCGGAGAAGGAGAUGUCAGAGAAACAUCAGACAGGUCGCAACAGCUAUGACUUGGAAGCGGAGGAUCAGGAUAAGCCAGCCACGUAUCAGAGCUGCGUCUCAGGCACGGAGAGCCUCUCCGAGAAGGACCAGUUCAAGUUUAACGAGACAGACACUACCACGGUCAUUCGACGUUCUCACGUGCGCCUUGAUCUUCAGGCUGCCGGGCUAGGUCCACGUCCACCCUCUGUCAUCAGUUCUGACCAAGAAUAUCCGCCACUGGAACACAAGGAAAUUCCUGUGCCCUCGCCGUACGCCAAGAAGUUACAGCAAAGUGAAGAAAUUGUUUCGCAAAGUAAUAUCGAAUGCAAAACUCAAUCGAAACCAAAUACGGAGGCAAAGAACCACGGCAGUACAGAAGCGCUGAAAAUCAAUACCACGUCCGCGGAAGAUACGCUGGAGACAAAAGUGAAGUCUAGCAGCGAUGGAGUAUGUCAGAAGACGGUCUCGAAUGCGAAGAAUGAUCAAAUAAAAAUCAGCGUGAGGGAGAAGAUUGCGAAGAAUAGGGAGGAGGUCUCUGGCAAGCGCUCCAGCUUUGUCGAAGCAGAAAGCAAGGAUAAUGUGGACAAGGCAGCUAUUCGUAGUCAGGAGAUGAAUAGUUUUGGGCUCAUUACGAAGGAGAGCAAAGACGAGGAGAAAUAUGUAACAGAGGUGGCGAAAUCGGAGGUCAGCAGCAGAAAAGAGUGCAUCGCAGCGGUGAACAGUGUUCUGAGUAGGAAGAUGGAGAAGGAAAUGGACCAGCCGCAGACGACGUGGGAGCAAGAGAAACAAAAGGCUGAAUUAGCGAAACUCCGGUUAUCGGAAAACAAUAAUCAGGAUUCUACACCUAGCACGCCUUCCCAAAGACAUUCCAACAAAAAAUCCAACGAUCAAUCGUCGGAGAGCAGCCAAUUCGAGGACAGUGACUCCAGUGACACGAAGACCGUUACAAAUGUGGAAUGUGUAGCAAGGGAAAUGCAGGACAAUUCUGUUAGAAUUGCAGAGACAGCUUCGAAGAAUAAUGUCAAUCAUAUCACUCCUGUGACGCCGGAUACCAUGACUCCAGACGAGGCUGAAAAUCUGCUGAGUUCUCGCAUCUUAGAAAAGAAGAUUAGACAAGGUUCGGCGUUACUAUCGGACGAGGAAGCGCAGGAGAUAGCGAGGCUGCUGUCUCCCACCGGUGCCAAUGACGCAAUAAUAGGUGAUGGGAUUUCUAAUGACAAGGAUAAGGAAGGACAGGACAGGGAUAGGGAGGACCAGGACAACACGCCCGACUGGCUGUCCGAUGUCCUGUCUGCUCCUGAUUCCAGUCUUAUCAAUAGUGCCACUCAUGAUUAUAGUUUGUCUCAUAGAUCUCGCAGUGACCUGACAAUAGACUCGUUGACGGAAAGCCAAAUAGGUUCGGUCACAGGAAGUGAGAGCGGACUGCUAGGUUCGGUCAGCAGCUUAAAUGACACUCAUGAAACUAACGAUGACACCGAAACCGAGCAUCAGGAUGACUAUAUUCCAACGCCAGGAAAAAUUAUACUCGUGGAGAAUGGCGUGCAUUACUUCGAAGAUGGUCACUUUUGGAUGGAAGUGGCGGGGAUUCCAGAGUCCGACGAAGAUGACGAAGACUAUCCGUCCACCAUGCCCAUCAAAAAGACCUCCAAAGUGUCCUUCGAUACCGGUCCCAUGCGUGUUUACUCUACGCAUUCGGUUAAUGAAUACGAUCGCCGCAAUGAAGAUGUCGAUCCUGUGGCGGCCAGUGCAGAGUACGAGCUGGAAAAGCGCGUCGAAAAAAUGGAGGUAUUUCCUGUCGAACUGAUGAAAGGCCCGGAAGGCUUGGGCCUCAGCAUAAUCGGGAUGGGCGUAGGCGCGGACGCGGGUCUAGAGAAGUUGGGCAUCUUUGUGAAAACUAUCACGGAGAAAGGUGCAGCCGCGCGUGAGGGUCGGAUUCAGGUGAAUGACCAAAUUGUCGAGGUUGACGGCAAGAGUUUGGUCGGCGUGACGCAGGCUUACGCCGCUAGUGUGCUGAGGAACACCUCCGGUCUCGUGCGAUUUGUCAUCGGCAGGGAGAGGGAUCCCAAGAAUUCGGAGGUGGCGAUGUUGAUUAGGCAGAGUCUCCAGGCUGAUAAAGAGAGAGAACUGGCGAACGCUGCCAAUAGGAAACUCAACUUCUCCGAUGCUUCUCCCGAUGGCCAACGAGGAAGCGAGGAUAUCUCUGUUGGCAGCGGGAUGAGUGGGAUUCCCGGUUCGCCGGCGAUGUCCUCUUGCUCGGAGGGAGAACCGGCACAUAGCCCCAUCGAGAAUUACCUGUCGCCUUCUAGUCGCAGUCGAUCUCCGAUACUCGGCUCGUCCAUGUCACAACACAAUGGCACUACGCAGAGCGACGUAGACAGUCUGAGAUUGCUCUUGCAAGAGAGUCAGUAUAAACUCUCAUUAGCGGACGAGGAAGUGGAAAAGCUCAAGGCGAAGUUAGUAGAAUUGGAAAACAGCGGAGCAGGUAGCGAAGAGUAUGCAGCCAAACUGCGGGAAUCAGGAUUACGCCUUCACGAAUCGGAGAGAGCAUUGGGCACCGCUCGCCAGGACCUGUCGACAGCCAGGGAGAUGCUGUCACAGGCGACGGCGCAAAACGCAGCUCUGCAACAGAAGUACGCCAGAGCUAGAAGAGCUGCCAAGGAAUUGCGUGCGGAUAUUACGGCUAGGGACGAGUUCUAUCAACAAUUGUUACAGGAAAAGGACACAGAAUACAAUGCAUUAGUGAAAAGUCUUAAAGAUAGAGUGAUAACACUAGAGGUGGAGCUGACGGAGACCCAGAGGCGAUUUGGUUUGCCGGUACGAUUACCAUACGAUAACGCCACUACUAGAAUAGUAACACCGCAGCUUUCUCGCAGACAACUGCCACCGCCACCUUCAUCAACUAGCUGCCAGCUUUCCGACACGGAGACCUCUGAUCUCAGUAGCCCGGAUGAUGGAGACAAGACUGCAACUGUGGAGAGGAAGCUACCUCUGCCGCUACCGGUGAAGGAAGAAUUAGAUCGUGCCGUACCAGCCCAUCGUCUGCUGGACAAUUCUGCUGGCAAGAGCAAGGCAGAGUUGGCCAGCAGAGGUGGCUUAGCCAAUCGUCAGUUGCCCAGACGAUCCGGAGGCCUCAGCAACAGUAGUUCUGACUACGGAUUAGACGAGUCGGGCGACAACACGGACGAUGAUUCUUCCUCAAAAAUGACUUCGCAAGACAGCAGGUCGCCCAACGACUUGACAUCCAAGCAGUCCAACUUGAGUUCCUAUUCCAGCACUUCAUCCAUCAGUUCACUUAAGGGAAAAUCGCACAUGGAUCCUAUACAUCCCACUGCGAUCCGUCAGCACAGCACCAUCAGCUCGCAAGUUAGGGCGAUGACUGAGCAGAGUUGGCCCCAAUCGCAGAAAACUUUGACCGGACCUCCUGCGUCAUUGGCAGAACAGCUAAAGCAGGUUUUGGCCGAGCGAGAAAAGCGGCUUGGCGGAAACGACUCCUCGAGGGAGAGCUCUGGAGACUUUAGUGAUCUCAACAAUCCUCAUAAUAACGAUCCAACUAUGGUUACGCAUCAUCUCGUGGAGGAGAUACGACAAGCUGUUAACGAGGCUAAUCAAAGAGUGAAAAAGGUAUCGAUUCCUCCAUCGAAUUUGAUCGGUAGCGGAAGUGCCCCGUGGCAUCAUCCAGGAAGUUCUCCUUCGAGUUUGUCUUCCGGCGGUUCUGUGAGUCCUCCCGGUGUUGAUCCUAGUCCUUUAAAAGCCGGCGGCGUCGUAGAUUCGAGCACAGUUUGGUUGCCCGCUCACCUAAGCGACUUUGGUUUAGGUGACAAGAAGUCCCACUUUUGGCAGAAUGCACCAGUUGCAGAUUGGUCCAAGGAACAAGUGUGCCAAUGGCUGACGGGAAUUGGUUUAGAACAAUACUCGUCUCAAUUUUUGGAUAAUGGCAUUAAUGGAAAUAACCUGUUGCGUUUGGAUUCGAGAGAUUUGAAGACUUUAGGGGUUUGCGACCCCGCUAAAAGUUAUCUGAAACGCAAACUGAAGGAGUUAAGAGCGCAGGCUGAUCGCGAGCGCAAGGAGCGUAAGGAACUCGAGCGAAUGCGACGGAAAGCAGAGAAAGCCGCGCGGAAAAAGUAGCCUGCAAAUAAAUUAGAUGCGUUCAAUAUCAUUUAGACCCCCGGUAAGUUAAUGCGGAUUUUUUGGGCGCGAAGUGUACCGGGUAUCUCGAAAGAGGUAAGGAGGAAUUAAUAAUGGGAAUUUUAUUUGGACUCUAUCGGGAAGCCGUCGAGAAUAUUUGUCGAGAAAAAUUGAAAAGCAAAUUUCCCGUGUGAAGAUUAGAAAGAAGUUUGCCAAAGAGAUAAAUAUUGGAACUAGAAAUGACGCCGUCCAUUUCAUACAGGGUGUCGCCUAGAAAACUGUAUAAAUCCCUAAAAUAGGAGUGUCAUGUUCAAGAUGAACGAAUUUUAUGUAAGCAUAUCUUCUGAAUUACGCUUUCUUUUCACAUAUACAAUUGCUUCUUUGGGCCUUUUUUUCUCUUCUUUUACUAUUUUUACUAUUUUUAAUAUAUUUCAUUAAUUUCGGACAAUGAUAAAA